GCCCUCACACGUGCUCCCCUCAGCUUGCCGCGGCGCCUGCGCAGUGACUGGAAGUGUUCCCGGAGGUCGCGUCUUGCCCGGGUCUCCCUCGUCCCCAGCGCUCGCCCGCGCGGUCCUGCCACGGCUUUCCCGCUGCCCGCACCAUGGGCCUCGGCUACGACUCCUCAGUUCGAGUUGAAUGGAUUGCAGCCGUGACAUUUGCUGCUGGGACAGCUGCUCUCGGUUACCUGGCUUACAAAAAGUUCUAUGGUAAAGAUAAUCGUACCAAAGCUAUGGUGAACCUCCACAUCCAGAAAGACAACCCCAAGGUCGUGCAUGCCUUCGACAUGGAGGACCUGGGAGAUAAGGCCGUGUACUGCCGCUGCUGGAGGUCCAAAAAGUUUCCAUUCUGUGAUGGGGCUCACAUAAAACAUAACGAAGAGACUGGCGACAACGUGGGACCUCUGAUCAUCAAGAAAAAAGAAACUUAAUGGACAUUUUCAGUGCUGCACCCCAGAGUGUUGUGAUGUCACCUGAUCGUUUAAUUAGAAUUAAUUAAUUAACGAGACACACACUCUGUCUGAUUGGCCUCCCUGGUUCUAGAUGUGGUUGGUACCUCACAAAUCGCAGCUUUAGUAUUCAUGGCUUUAGACUUGCUGUUGGAGCAUCGUGGUGCACAUUUGUUGAAAGAGCAUAAAAAAGAAAGGCUAAACCAACCUCAUGGUAUAUGGGUUAUUUUGGUCUUGUAAGGAUCCGUUGCUUUACAGUAAUGGUCUUAGAAUAUAGUUGUAUCUGAGGUUAACAUAUUAAAUUAUUCUCAACAUCAUGUACAUGUACAUUGUACUUGUAAAUUUAAAGAAAAAUCACCUUUUCAGAUUACUUAGUUAACUUAGAAGGUGAUGGAGUAUGAUGGAGUAUGAUCAAGUUGCAUUGAUUUAUUACAGCAUAAGGGAAACCUGCCAUCACCUUGUCUGUACUUGUGGCCAAGGUGAUGGCGUAGGUUCAUCUUGUGUGUUUUAAUGUUUUCCGUCAGAAUUAACUGAAUGUUAUUCUCCCUAAAAUCGCCCAGGUCAACAAUAAAGGGGCAACAACUUC